CGGCGCACAUAUCGACUGCCUGGCUACUGGUCCUGGUGCUCACCGCCAACUUCAGUGUUCCAUAACCUCAUGUCUUAUGUUUUCUUCAUUCUCUAGUUAUUUCAUCUUUCUAUUCUCUGACAGACAAGCAUUAUAUCAUGGAGUGGACAACUAAUAACCGAUUCUCUACUUAUAAGCAAUAUAAGGAAGACACCGAGACAAUUGCGGGGUGGUUAGCUUACAACUAUCGGAGAUGUGGGCAUCAAAUCGACGAGCCUACCCCUGCAAGUACGGCUGGUGUCCUUACAGCUCCUAGUAAGAGGCUUAAGGGGAAAGCCAGGAAGCAAGCUCGUGGGACAUCGGCGAGUUUACCUAAGAGUCUAACUCUGCCUCGAUAUACUAUCAAUGUCUCCGACUUUAGUCGUAUGGCGAAGGCUAUUGCUGAGUUCAAUCCCAAAGUCAAUAUUCCCAAAGCGCUGGACAACCUGUUUAGUCGCGUUAUAAAUACCCGAAAGCAAUUCACACAGUGGUACCAGGCAUAUUCCCAUAGUGAUGAAGGAAGCAAUAAAAGCCAUGUACACUUCACGGGUGUCCUCACUAAUGCCUGGGAAAUUCUACGCCCAUCUGAACAGGCACGGACUUCACAUAUAAAGAAACGGAUACAAGAAAUUCCUGAGUCAGAACCGGUAGUCAACUUGGUCAAUCGCUUUUCUGCACUUGAAGUCGAAGAGCUACAGGAACAGGGGCCGGAUGUGGAGCCGGGCCGCCCAGCCGAACUGGAUGAAAAUGACUAUAAGCUAACAGACGUCGCCCGUGUCACGCUUUUAAAGAGCGAGGAAGAUAUUGAAGACGAUUUCUUCUUCGCCAUCUUCGCCUUUAUGCGGGAACUCGACGAUGUGCGUUCUUGCAUCCGACGGAGUUGGAAGGCAUACAGACAGGGAGUGGCGGAGCUCAUUAUGCCCUCUCUACUCACCAACACAGCUAUUCAGCUUGUUCGAAGAGCAGAGCAUGAGCUAGAUCUGAUGAUAGAAAGGCCGAAAAAAUACCCUUCCUCAUCGUAUCCUGUCUGGAAUUUCCCUGACAUCUUCAUCUAUGCCACACACGAGGAGGAUAUGGUUAGCAAAGGCCAAGACUUGGAUAGCUUCUUGAAACCGUCGCCACGAUGUCAUGUUAUAGAUUGCAGUCAUGGGCAGCUUUGUUUGUCGGAAAUAUAUUCUGCCCUCAAGCACUCCUUGUACCAGUCCAAAUCUCUGGGUGGGGAGAAUAUGGUUCCUGGAGACACGACCCUUACCGACGGGGCUACGGAGAACUUCCGUCGCAUUAAGCGCAUGCUGCCAUGUUUCCAAGGUGUAGCUCGGGCCAUGGCGGAGUCUUUCGCCAGCGACGAAGUCACAUCUGGGAUUGGUCUCAUGUUCAGGACCGAGACAAUUCCCAUGUCGGUCGCAUUUGGCGUCCAGUUGCUCUUAGAUAUCCAAGAUGAGCUCCAGGACAUGCCGGAGAAACCGAUUCAUGAAGUUAAGAAACACACGCGUAACAUGCUGUCCGCGUUUAGAGGCAAGAAGCUCAACCAGGAGCCAUUUGUUCUCGUCGGACAAGCGUCGCAGUGGCUCGCAACAACCUUAGCUGCUUAUGAAUCGGAUAUCUUAAAAGAUAACUUCCGUAGGAAGCUUGUAGGCGGUGAUGUACGAGACCCAUCGGGAUGGACCAUUCAUCCCGAUUUAGACGAAUUAAGGGGUAAGCCUGACAUACCGGAAUUCAUUCAGGAGCCGGACUAUUUCCUAAAGAUCAACCCCGUGAAAUGCGGCAUGCUGAAGUAUGGUCUUUAUCAGCAACCUCAUAAUUACGGCUGUAAAUUCGAAGAGGCAUGGCGUGGUAUUACGAGUAUGGUGCAUCUAUAUAUUGCCGGCCGCUCUCUAUAUCCUAACGACCCAGUAUGGCCCGAUAUGGAAUAUUUCCUUCAAAAGCAAGAUUUGGAUAAUAUGUUCGUCGGCGGACUGCCUGGAUCAAUGGAAGAAGCGCAUAAGAAGUUCCUUCUAGCUGCAGGUGUGAUGGCAACGAACUUUGCGAGAAACAGAAGGUCUACCAAACCGAAGCUGAACAUAGAAAGGGGGCGGUGGGCGUCCAAUCCUUGCCUGCUCGACGGCAUAUUAUCAAACUGGAUGUGUGGAGGCGAGGUCAUGACUGACGACAUGAUUUUGAAUCUUGUAAGAGCCAUUGGGGACCCAAAAGCCAUUGCCGCAAAAGCGAGACAGGUAGGACUGUCACCUGCGGUUGAAGAAAAGUGCUGCAAGGCCUGGUCUAAUCCCGACCGACGUAUAACCACCAUAUUGGGAAACCUAGGGUUUUAUAUCGUAUCCGAAACCUCGGAUCUCUACUUCGACUGGCUUUCGUUCGCGGAAACUUGCCAAAAAAUUUGGACGCAGAUCCACGAUACCCUUAAUCUGCAAGCACACGACCAUGCCGCCCAUACGAUGGUAAUAAAGAUUCUAGACCAAGCUCAGAAGUGCCAGUGGAUGGCCGAGGUAGAUAAGGAGGAUGUGACCUCGUCCCUGCGGAAGAAUGCUACAAGUCUAGUCCAAUCUUGGGGGAUCAUCCAGAAGGUCUGCCGGAAGGGUAUUAAAGUGUCAUUCGAGAAGGAUGAUGAGCGAUACGAGGACGCGAAGGCUUGGGCCGGCGACAAGGAACUUCUCAACAUCAUGUCCCGAACACUCGACGAGUCCUCGUAUCCGCACAUGUCUCCAUCGCUCUCGCAAAAAGUGUACAAGAACUGGCCGGUUGCCGACAAAAGUAAGAGUGCUGUCAUUCGCAUGAACAACGCAUUGCCAUCUUUCUCGCUUGCUGAUAACUAACGGUAUGGAAUAUGACUGGAAUUGCAAUGUAGGGAUCACGGAUGAAGGCCAGGAUUUGUAGAUACAUGAUUUAGUAUUGUUCUACUCAAGAAUUGCCCCGUAAUUGUGUUGUCCUUCGCCCUAGCGUAUAGUCAUAUGCAUAAAACCACGCAUUAGUGGUGAUAGACCGUAGAGCGAUCGUAUCGUGGGCCUUUCGAACUCCCUGCACGUAAUUUCCAUAUGCUAGUAACGAUAUCCAUCUGUGUUAGCUCUAGAACCGAUACCAAGGCCAUGGUUCAGCUCUUCGCUAGUGCUCUUCGCCGGUACGGUAGCAUCCAUCGAUCCAGAAGCUAGUUGAAUAGGUAGCUCCGUUGAGGCCUAGCCCGAGAUUCUUUACCUAGAGAGCGUUGUGGAUACUUCUGCGGCACAACGUAUCCGUGGGUAUGGACGGCCAGUCCCCAAGGGGAACAACCAAGUUGGAUAUGUUUGGUAAGAAAGUAUAGAAGAUUAUAGUGGUGAGACGAUCUCACUACGGUUAUAAUGGGCAAUUUUGCCUUACAGUUGGGGGUCUGGGGGGGAGUUGAGGUUCCAAGGAUGCCAUUUUAUUUGCCAGGGUGGAGGUGAU